AUGAGCCAGGAAUACUUCAACGACAAGGGCAAGGCGCCCGCCGUCCGCGCCUCCGACGAUGCGGACCUCGAAGCCGCGGGCUCAGCCGGAGGACGGCCCAAGUACAUGACGGUCGGCAACGGCACCACCUCGGAGCACGCCGCUCGGCUGCAGAGCAUGCUUGACGUCGACUCGGGAUACGGAGGCAGCAUCAUGGGCGACGACCCGGGCAUGUGGGACGUGCAGGCGCACGGCGGCGACCGGCGACAGUCCGGAGCCAUCCACCAGAUGUGGUACAACUCGCAGAGGGCGACGCUCGGCCGCUCCAUCAACAAGGUGCUGGAUCUCCUUCACGGGCUGCGCGAGAUGAACACGGUGUGGCCGGCGCACUACCCGUCGGUCCAGCGAGCAGAGAAGAUGGACUCCAAUGCGCCCCGGCCCGGCAUCCUGCACUCGUCGACAAUGGAAGACGUCACAGCCAGAGCCAGCCAGGCACCGCCUAUGCUUCGGAGGGCCGCGACAAGUCUCGAGGAUCCAUCAGCCGAGUCUAGCCAGGCUGCUGAGGCGCGCCCUACACCGGAGCCGCGGCUCGUUUCCCCUUCGAUUGCGCAGGAGUUUUCCGUCUUGAAAUUGGAUCUGAAGCUGGGAGCUCUGCACCAAGCCGAGCUGGUGCACUCGCUGGAGAAGGGCUCCAUCGCAUCGCUCCUGGACGGCAAAAUCAGCUCCAGCAUCAAGCAUCUUGUGUCUCUUCGCGAACGUAUCGAGGACACAUCAAGCAAAGUGCUCAUCACAGGCGAUCUGAAUGCGGGCAAGUCGACAUUCUGCAAUGCUCUGUUGCGGCGCAAGGUCCUGCCCGAGGACCAGCAGCCCUGCACAGCCAUCUUUUGCGAGGUGCUGGACGCUCGCGAGAACGCAGGCAUCGAGGAGGUCCAUGCAGUUCACAAGGAGGUGAUUUACAACCGAAACGACGAGUCGACCUAUGACGCAUACUCUCUCCAGGAACUGGAACGAAUCGUGAUUGACAACGAAAAGUACAUGCAGUGCAAGGUCUACGUCAAGGACGUCCGGACGAUUGACGAAUCUCUUCUCAGCAACGGUGUCGUUGACAUUGCCCUCAUCGACGCCCCUGGCUUGAACUCGGACACGACCAAGACGACGGCCAUUUUCGCUCGACAGGAGGAGAUUGACGUUGUCGUGUUUGUUGUCUCUGCAGCCAACCACUUUACGCAGUCCGCCAAGGAAUUCAUCUGGGCCGCUGCUGCGGAGAAGGCUUACAUCUUCAUCGUCGUCAACGGCUACGACUUCAUCCGGGACAAGGAGCGAUGCCAGAAGAUGAUCCUGGACCAGGUUGCGGGGCUGAGCCCACGGACGCACAAGGAGGCAUCGGAGCUCGUUCACUUUGUCUCGAGCAACGUCAUCCCAAUGGCACCCUCGCCCCCCGGCGGACCCAGCGGCGGAGGCGGCAGCGGUAGCGGCAGUGGAGGGGGUGACGAUCCCCACGAUGACAACGGCAAGGGCAAGGACUUGGACAAGGUCCGAGACUUUGAGAAGCUCGAGCAGUCUCUGCGCAGAUUUGUGCUGGAGAAGCGAGCGAGGUCAAAGCUUGCCCCAGCGAGGACAUAUCUGCUCAACAUCCUCAACGAUGUCAACACACUGGCAACGGUCAACCACGAGGUGGCUCAGUCCGAGUACGACCGCGUCGUUCAGGAACUCAAGGAGCUUGAGCCCCAGAUCCUCGCCAGCAAGAAGGCUCGCUCAGAGGUGGAUGAGCAGGUCGUCCAGAACAUUGAAGAGACGUGCAAGGACGUGUAUGAGCACACUCGAGGGCAGCUCAACGGCGCCAUUACCUAUGCCGGAAGCACCAAAUACGACAUUCCAUACCCAGGUAUCUUUGGUGCUUUUGGCUACGCCGACGACCUCAAGGACGCCAUCCUCUCUCACAUUGCCGAUGCUGUCAGCAGCUGCGAGGACUACGCCCGAGCCCAGACGGUCAAGGGAGUCAACUCCAUCAAGCAGCUCGGCCUGCUUCACGUCGGCGACGAGUUCCAGAACCUCCACUUCCGGCCAGACGUCAUGUUCCGCCGAAAGAAGGACGCCCUGGCCCGCCAGGUGGACGUGCCUACCGAGUUCGCCGACUUUGUGGACUUUUCCACCCUGUUGCAUAGCCAGGAGAAGUUUGCUGGUACGGGCAUGGCCCUGACCGUUGCCGGCGCGCUCGUCCCUCGCAUGCUGGGAAUGAACUCUUGGGUGGACCACGCCAUCACCGCGGGGCGGAUUAUGGGCAAUGAUAAUCUUCGCAAGCUCAUCUUGCCUGGCAUCGUGGUUGCUGCCGUUGCCGCUUCGGCGUAUAUCCUCCAGCAGAUUCCCAACUCUCUCCCCCAUCGACUGGCCAGGAAGAUUGAAGCACAGCUGUCCGAGAUUGACUAUGUCCACACCAACGCCUCCCGAAUCUCAGGAGCAGUCCGCACGGUCCUGCGCAUGCCCGCCGACAACCUGCGCGUGGGCCUCGAACACAGCGUCAAGGACCUGAACAAGAAGCGCGACGAGACGGUCAAGAUCAAGGGCGAGAGCGAGCGGGCCUCCAAGUUCUUCCGCAAGCUGGUGAACGAGAGCCAAGUCCAGAAGAACAUGGUGGAGGGUGUCGACCUCGACGCGCCGCCGCAGCAGAUCCCGCACUGA